UGUGACACUCCGAAAAUUUUAUAAAAAAAAAAUAUAAAUAGUUCUAUUGAUCAAAUAAAAUGUUUCAAAGUGACAUGCACAUAAUUAAGUGAAUUAGAUAAAAUUUUAAGAAAAGUGAAUUCUUAGGAUAAUGUAACAAAGUAAUGAUUUUCUUUUCAUAAAUAAUGUGGAAUAGGAGGAAGAUUAUUAGGAUUGAUAGUUUAAAAGAUGUUGAUUAAUACAAUUAAUUAAUACUAUUUGUACAAUCAUAUAUGACUAUAAAUAAUGCACAUGUUGACUUUUCAACCUAAUUUACCCUAUACGCACGUACAUAUGUAACGUAUAUACUCAUAAACUUGUACAAGGAAACUCAUUAAACAUCGAUAUUGCCUACCAUAUUUACUCGCACAUGCGUAUACUCGUAUAUAUAGCGUCCAGAUACAUUCCAUCCGGAGAUUUUCGUUCAAGGCCGGAAACCCGGAAACUAACUUAAACGUGCGAAGCUUGGGGAUAAAAAUCAGCCUGCGCGUAAAAAUUGGAUCGCAUAAACUCAAACACUUAACCAACCGGAUGAUAUACACAGCCUAGGGUAUCCCCUUAUCGGUAUAAAUAUGUUCUCAUUGGCCUGCAGUUUCUCCAUUCAACACUUCGGCCGACACAUAUAGAUCUACAAGGGUUUUCCUAUCUUUCUUUAUAACAACACAAAAAGAACUAUAAACGCUUCCAAACCCUUCUGCCGGAUGAGAGAAAGCGAACGAAGCAAGAAGCCCUGAAAACGAUCGUGAAACGAGGGAUAAAUCGUUUGCCGGAGUCUUGCCGGACUGAUCUUCACGUCGGAAACCCGAGGAAGCAAAGCUGACGUAUCACAUCCUUCCAGUCCAUUGCCGAUCUUCACCAUCUUCAAACACGCCGCCUUGCCACUCGUCCGUUGCUGCAGUAAAGGUGAUUUUUGGUGAAAGAUGGAGGUAGAAGAAUUUUGCUAGGAGUACUUGAAGUUUGAGUUUCUCCAUUCAACACUUCGGCCGACACAUAUAGAUCUACAAGGGUUUUCCUAUCUUUCUUUAUAACAACACAAAAAGAACUAUAAACGCUUCCAAACCCUUCUGCCGGAUGAGAGAAAGCGAACGAAGCAAGAAGCCCUGAAAACGAUCGUGAAACGAGGGAUAAAUCGUUUGCCGGAGUCUUGCCGGACUGAUCUUCACGUCGGAAACCCGAGGAAGCAAAGCUGACGUAUCACAUCCUUCCAGUCCAUUGCCGAUCUUCACCAUCUUCAAACACGCCGCCUUGCCACUCGUCCGUUGCUGCAGUAAAGGUGAUUUUUGGUGAAAGAUGGAGGUAGAAGAAUUUUGCUAGGAGUACUUGAAGUUUGAGGAGAUAAAGGUUGAGUAUCUAUUUGAUGACGAUGUUGAUUCGAGAGAGAUUCCGCUAGAACACCUAAUUAGUAAAUCAUUCGAUCACACCAGCGACGCACAACAGCCUCCAGGUUUCCGUAUCAUACACUUUAGCGAUGCGCGGUAGUCAUCCUCCACGAACUAGAGCGAUGCGGCAGCCAUCCUCCAGGAACCAUAGUUGUUGCCACCAUCCUCCGACGAAGCCAUCGCUAUCGAGGAUCUGGAAGAAGAUGAGAAAAGGAAGAAGCAAAGAGAAAAGAGGAAGAGGAAGAGAAGAGGAAGUGGAAGAGGAAGAAGAGAUAUGAACCAAUUACAUACUAUUCACUUGGCGGUCAGAAUCAACGAAGUCAGACGGUGACAACAGAUGCAAUACUGACGGCGAAGGGAGGCGACGAAGGGAGGCGACGAAGGGAGGCGGCGAAGGGAUGCUCUGGUGCGCAAUAUAGCUUCGAUGAUGAGACUUGAGCUGUGAUCGAUGACAGAGGAAUAGCAGAAGGCUUAUAUGAGCAAAGGAUUAGGGAUUUAAUUAUAUAAGGGUAUAAUGUUCAAAAAAUCUUUGCCACAAACAGCCCAAGCAACAUCUUUCCCGGAUUCAGAUCCCCAGAAUACCCUUCCCCUUUGCAUACACGAUAGCACUUCGUACUCCUCCGUAUUACUUUAUAUCUUUUCUCUCUCCGCCGUCGGCCACCGCAAAUUAGCGGCCGCUUCGUGAACGCUGCACAGAGUUUUCGCUUAGGGUUUGAAUCCCCCGGAGAUGGUGGAAACGGUCAGCAUCGACGUCAUUCACGGCGGCGUAUCAGAGGAGCACCUCCUGUUGGCGGAAACUAGCAAUACCGACUGCUCCUGGAGGUUGAACUUCGACGGCUUCGAGUUUUCUCCGGACAAAAAAGAGAAGCCUCCUCGUGGCCUUCAUGACUGCCUUGGUGUUUUAAGAGAAGAGGAUAAUGUUGCAGAGUAUUAUCAGCAACAGGUAGAAAUGCUUGAGGGAUUUAACGAAAUGGAUGCCUUAGCAGAUCGGGGUUUUGUUCCUGGAUUGUCAAAGGAAGAGAAGGCAAACUUGGUGAAAAGUGAGACAUUUGCCAUAAGGAUAUCAAAUAUUGCAAACAUGGUUCUCUUUGCUGCUAAGGUCUAUGCAUCUGUCCGGAGUGGUUCACUGGCCAUCAUUGCAUCCACUUUAGACUCUCUGCUUGAUCUUCUCUCUGGUUUUAUUUUGUGGUUUACAUCCUUUUCCAUGCAAACACCUAACCCAUAUCAAUAUCCAAUUGGAAAGAAGCGUAUGCAACCUUUGGGGAUCCUAGUUUUUGCUUCUGUGAUGGCGACCUUGGGGCUGCAGAUAAUUUUGGAAUCUGUACGCAAUCUUAUCUCCAAGGAGUCCAACUUCAGCCUUACCAAAGAGCAGGAGCGUUGGGUUAUUGUGAUAAUGCUUUUGGUGACACUGGUGAAACUAGCUUUGGUGUUCUAUUGUCGUUCCUUCACCAAUGAAAUUGUUAAAGCAUAUGCUCAGGACCAUUUCUUUGAUGUUAUCACCAACAUCAUUGGUCUUGUUGCUGCUUUACUUGCACAGUACAUAGCUCACUGGAUUGAUCCUGCUGGAGCCAUUAUUCUGGCUUGCUACACUAUCAAAACGUGGUCAUCGACAGUGCUGGAGAACGUGAACUCUCUUGUUGGCAAGUCAGCCACGCCUGAAUUUCUAAAGAAACUGACAUACCUUUGCUGGAAUCACCACAAGGCAAUAAGGCACAUCGACACCGUGAGGGCCUACACAUUCGGGUCCCACUAUUUUGUUGAGGUCGACAUUGUGUUGCCGGCAGACAUGCCCUUGCAGGAGGCUCAUGAUAUUGGGGAGUCCUUACAAGAGAAGCUUGAACUGCUGGAGGAGAUUGAGCGCGCCUUUGUUCAUCUUGAUUAUGAGUACAGCCACAAACCUGAGCAUGCACAGGCGCAUCUAUAGUUAAUUAAUUUUAAUACAUGCGAGCCCCCCACGCCCCAUUAAUGAUUUCUUUCCGGUGGUUUGAUGCUGUAAUUUGUAAUACAAUGCAGUAAAUAUGGUCAGGGUUGCAUGUUUUUGUGGUCUCUCUUUAAUAACAAUCUAUAAACAGCUUAAUUAGUCUUAAUUUGUUGUUUUGUCAA